AACAAGCAACAACUGCAGAAGCUACCACCACUGAACAAGCAACUACUGCAGAAGCUACGACCACUGAACAAGCAACAACCGUAGAAGCUACCACCACUGAACAAGCAACAACAGUAGAGGCUACGACCACUGAACAAGCAACGACUGUAGAAGCUACCACCACUGAACAAGCAACAACCGCAGAAGCAACAACAGUAGAAGCUACGACCACUGAACAAGCAACUACUGCAGAAGCCACCACUACUGAACAAGCAACGACUGUAGAAGCUACAACUACUGCAGAAGCCACCACUACUGAACAAGCAACGACAGUAGAAGCUACCACCACUGAACAAGCAACAACAGUAGAAGCUACAACUACUGAAGUUGUAGCUUCUACUGAACAAGCAACGACCGCAGAAGCUACCACCACUGAACAAGCAACAACAGUAGAAGCUACGACCACUGAACAAGCAACUACUGCAGAAGCUACCACUACUGAACAAGCAACGACUGUAGAAGCUACCACCACUGAACAAGCAACAACUGCAGAAGCUACCACCACUGAACAAGCAACAACAGUAGAAGCUACCACUACUGAACAAGCAACAACUGCAGAAGCUACAACUACAGAACAAGCAACAACUGCAGAAGCUACCACCACUGAACAAGCAACUACUGCAGAAGCUACGACCACUGAACAAGCAACAACCGUAGAAGCUACCACCACUGAACAAGCAACAACAGUAGAGGCUACGACCACUGAACAAGCAACGACUGUAGAAGCUACCACCACUGAACAAGCAACAACCGCAGAAGCAACAACAGUAGAAGCUACGACCACUGAACAAGCAACUACUGCAGAAGCCACCACUACUGAACAAGCAACGACUGUAGAAGCUACAACUACUGCAGAAGCCACCACUACUGAACAAGCAACGACAGUAGAAGCUACCACCACUGAACAAGCAACAACAGUAGAAGCUACAACUACUGAACAAGCUACCACUACUGAACAAGCAACUACU